GCGCCGCGGGGCUCCCCGCCCCCGUGCCGGCUUUGUGCUGCCGCCCGCCCGCGGUUAGCAGGCGCGGCGGGGACCGGCGGCUCCGGCCGCCCGAGGCUGUCUCCCCUCCUCCUCCUCCUGCUGCUGCUGCUCCUGCUCCGGAGCCGGGCGCAUGAUGGCGGCAGCCGCCGUAGCGGAGGCGAGCAGCGGCGGGAGCAGCAGUAGCGACACGUCCAGCACGGGCGAGGAGGAGCGGAUGAGGCGCCUCUUCCAGACCUGCGACGGCGACGGGGACGGCUUCAUCAGCAGGAAUGACUUGCUGAUGGUGUGCCGCCAGCUGAAUAUGGAGGAGUCUGUCGCCGAGAUCAUGCACCAGCUGGGAGCAGAUGAAAAUGGAAAAAUUUCCUUCCAGGAUUUUAGUCAGUGCCGCAUGGAACUGGUGCGAGAAAUCAGAAAGGAGGAAGUGGAGCUUUCUGUGAAAUCGGAUGACUCUUAUAAAAAGAAAAAGUUAAGGGAUAGAAUAGCUUCCUGGCCGACUAGCAGCAAUAACAGUUUAGGUGCCUUAUCAGGAGCCAGGGAAAGCUGGGAGUAUGAUUCAGGAGCAAGAGACCUUCAGAGUCCAGACCUCCAGAGUCACUUUACACUACAGAAGGUGUUGGAGAAUGGUGGAAGCAGUGGGACUCAGCAGGCUGCUCUGCAGAAGCUUCUAUCUCAGGCCUCAAAUUUUAACAGCUCAGUUGGAGGAAGUUACUUGGAACUUGCCAACACACUUCAUUUAGCAGCCCUGGCAUCAUUAAAGGGAGACAUAGUGGAGCUUAAUAAACGUCUACAACAAACAGAAAGAGAGCGUGACCUGCUAGAAAAGAAAUUGGCAAAAGCACAGUGUGAACAAUCCCACCUAAUGAGAGAGCACGAAGAUGUGCAGGAGCGAACAACGCUACGCUAUGAGGAGCGAAUCACAGAGCUGCACAGUAUCAUUGCUGAAUUAAAUAAGAAGAUUGAUCGACUGCAGGGAACAACAAUAAGGGAGGAAGAUGAGUAUUCAGAGAUGCGGUCAGAGCUCAGCCAAAGCCAACAUGAAGUUAACGAAGACUCACGCAGCAUGGACCAGAAUUCUGUUUCUGUACCAGAGAAUCAGUCCACCAUGGUCACUGCAGACAUGGAUAACUGUAGUGACUUGAAUUCAGAACUGCAAAGAGUGCUGACAGGUCUGGAAAAUGUUGUCUGUGGGAGGAAGAAGAGCAGCUGCAGUUUAUCGGUGGCAGAGGUGGACAGACACAUUGAACAGCUCACUACUGCCAGUGAACAUUGUGAUUUAGCCAUUAAGACAGUAGAAGAGAUCGAGGGUGUACUGGGACGUGACCUUUAUCCAAAUCUGUCUGAAGAGAGAUCUCGAUGGGAAAAGGAGCUUGCUGGCUUGCGGGAAGAGAAUGAGAGCCUCACUGCCAUGCUGUGCAGCAAAGAGGAGGAGCUGAACAGGACCAAGGCCACCAUGAACGCUAUUCGUGAAGAGAGAGACAGAUUGCGUAGAAGGGUUCGGGAACUGCAGACACGUUUGCAAAGUGUGCAGGCAACAGGCCCAUCCAGUCCAAGUCGUCUCACUUCUGCAAAUCGACCCAUUAACCCCAGCACGGGAGAGCUGAGCACAAGCAGCAGUAGCAAUGACAUUCCCAUAGCCAAGAUUGCUGAAAGAGUGAAGUUGUCAAAGACAAGAUCAGAGUCUUCAUCAUCUGACAGACCUGUCUUAGGAUCAGAAAUCAGCAGCAUAGGGGUGUCUAGUACUGUGGCUGAACAUUUGGCACAUUCCCUCCAAGACUGCUCAAACAUCCAGGAAAUAUUCCAGACUCUUUAUUCACAUGGAUCUGCUAUCUCUGAAAGUAAAAUCCGAGAGUUUGAAGUGGAGACAGAGAGAUUAAAUAGCCGUAUUGAGCACUUGAAGUCCCAGAAUGACUUGUUGACAAUAACAUUGGAAGAGUGCAAGAGCAAUGCUGAGAGGAUGAGCAUGCUUGUGGGAAAGUACGAGUCCAACGCCACAGCUCUCAGGCUUGCGUUGCAAUACAGUGAACAGUGCAUAGAAGCAUAUGAGCUGCUGUUGGCACUGGCAGAAAGUGAGCAGAGUCUCAUUCUUGGGCAGUUCAGAGCUGCAGGAGUUGGUUCUGUUGGGGACCAGACAGGUGAUGAAAACAUCACCCAGAUGCUUAAGAGAGCUCACGACUGCAGGAAAACAGCUGAGAAUGCAGCAAAAGCCUUGCUGAUGAAACUAGAUGGGAGCUGCGGGGGAGCCUAUGCAAUUACUGGCUGUAGCGUGCAGCCCUGGGAAAGCCUCUCAUCCAACAGCCACACAAGUACUACAAGCUCAACUGCAAGCAGUUGUGAUACAGAGUUUACAAAGGAGGAUGAGCAGCGGUUGAAGGAUUACAUCCAACAGUUGAAAAAUGACAGGGCAGCAGUGAAACUAACAAUGCUGGAGCUGGAGAGUAUCCACAUUGACCCCCUUAGUUAUGACGUUAAACCUCGUGGAGACAGCCAGAGGCUAGACCUGGAAAAUGCAGUCUUGAUGCAGGAACUUAUGGCAAUGAAGGAGGAGAUGGCAGAGCUCAAGGCGCAGCUUUACCUACUGGAAAAAGAGAAGAAAGCAUUGGAAUUGAAACUGAGCACUCGAGAGGCCCAGGAACAGGCUUACCUUGUUCACAUUGAACACUUGAAGUCUGAAGUGGAAGAGCAAAAAGAGCAGAGAAUGAGGUCUCUCAGCUCAACCAGCAGUGGAAGCAAAGACAAAUUGGGCAAGGAAUGCAGCGAUGGCACCGCAACACCGUUAACACUAGCUGAGCUGAGACCAUACAACGAGAGUGAACUGACUGCUGAACUCACAAAUGCACUCAGGCGGGAGAAGAAACUGAAAGCUAGAGUGCAAGAGCUAGUGAGUGCUUUGGAGAGACUCACAAAGAGCAGUGAAAUCAGACAUCAGCAGUCUGCAGAAUUCGUUAAUGACCUGAAGAGGGCAAACAGCAACUUGGUAGCAGCUUAUGAAAAAGCAAAGAAAAAGCAUCAAAAUAAGCUGAAGAAACUGGAAUCGCAAAUGAUGGCCAUGGUGGAGAGACAUGAAACACAAGUAAGGAUGCUGAAACAAAGAAUAGCUUUACUAGAAGAAGAGAACUCGAGACCACACACCAAUGAAACUUCACUUUAAGUGCAUCUUUUUCAAAGAUGUGUAGUGCCAUUACAAAUUUCUCUUUUGGAGGCUGGCUUUUAGGUUGCUUGUAUGCUAGAAUAUCUGACUGUCAACACAGUUUAGCACCAUCUCUUAGAUCUCAGCUGUCCAGCCAGGAGUUAUGGGGAUAAUCUAAACAUUAACUAAGGACUGUUUAAUAAUGUAAAAUGGCAGUGCCUGAAUUAUCGUGCUAUGAUUAUGUACAUUGUCUGUCAUUACGUCUAUACUUAUACAUGUUCUUCUCCAUUUUACGUCCUACGGAUGACAGUGUCACAUAACAAAAUACUUCAUGUUAAUAGAUUUUAGUUUGGGCAGGUCGGAGAUAAUUUGAGUUUUCCUGAUUCCUGAGUCCCUCCGUACACAGCUGUGUAUUGCAUCCCCUGAACUCGCUGCUGUGGGUAAUGACCCGGACAGGCAGCUGCAGAGCAAGGAGCCAGCAGGCCGGUUUGCUCUUUGCACCAUGGCUGCAGUACUGUUGCUCCCAGUGCAGAUCAGGUAGGAAAACUGCUGUUGAUUUGGGGAGGGAAAACAAAACAAAACUAAUCAACUAGUGGCAUCUCUUCAAAGGAUGGUACAUUUCCUAGGAGUCGUCUGCGAGAGGACUAAAGGCUGUAAGUUUUACCAUGCCAGGUAGACAGUGUAUGCCCAAGGGUGGUUAAGAAAUCACAAGCCAUCUCCUGGUAUUUAUAUUGCAUGGUGUUUGCGGUUAUUUUGUGAAAAUUGAGUUACGUUGUCAGUACAUUAUAGCCAAGGUUUUCUUUAAGAGGCUGGGCCAUCUCUGUUACCUAUAGAGCCCUUAGUACAUCCUUCUACAAUCACAAAGUAGAAUGUCAUCUUUUUAUACUUGUGACCAAAAAAGGUACUUACUAGGAAUGUACCUGUUUAGUAUUGAAUAAACAUGCACAAAACUAUAAAUGUGUAGGUGUAUGGAUAUACAGCCACAAGCAGAAUGUGAAUGAUGUCUUCAUACAGCUUUGUAAGGUUAACUUUUGUUUUACUGUUGUUUUGUUUAAGUCACAUCAUGUUAAUGUGUUAUCAAAGUGAACGAAUGGAAAAAUACUGGCCUAUUCUGGCAAUGAAUGUUAACUGAAGCAUGGGGAUCAGGUUGAUUUCUCUAGGGAGCAGAUGGAGACUGCCCUAGUACCUGUUUCAGACAGACGUUAGUUCUUCUUGACUGAGUGCAUAAAACAAUUUCCAUGUUUAAGUCUGGUUCUAGUUUAGCCAAACUGGACUCCGUUAACUUUGUUAGCCUGUUGCUGUUACUCCUCUAUUUUGCAUUUUUCAAGCUGUGUUCUCUCCAGUGAAUCUGACUUGAGGAGCUGUCUAUCGUUUUUGCUUUACCUGCUGAGUUGCAUCUCAAGUUUUAUUAUAGUGUAUUUAGAAUUAUGAUAACGUCUCUCAUUUAGUCCUACAAUUUCUAGUACAAACAAAAUAUUUUUAGAGGACUUGAACUGGUUUUGUCUAGUAGAGGUUAAGGCCAGGCAGCCAAAACAGUUGUGAGAAUUUGCGUUCAGAAUAUGGCAUUGUUGUCAGCGGUUGGUUACAACUGGCCCUGAAGCAGUUUGUGUUCAUGACUUCUUGAUUUUAUUGCUGAUGUUUUAUUUCACUUACUGACUCGUAAGACCAGGAAAUUCCAAAAGCAUGUUGAAGAAAAGUUCUCUGUUCUACCGUUGCUGCCGUUUUCUUCUUUCCUUAGGGUACUAGUUAUUUCAUACUUUUCUAGAGUCUGACACAUCAGCUACAAAGCCAGCAUCAUAUGUGAUUGUUUGCAAUAGCACAUUAAAACAAUGCUGAUUUCAAAAUUAAGUUGGUGGUGAUGCCUUGGGGUUGAUUUUGGUCAGUCUUCUUUGUCUAGUGAUUUGUACUUAAUUUAUAAUGCAAAUGGAAAUUUUUGAGACCCUACUGUUGAGGGAAUAAAUACAUUGAUUUCGUAUUGUCA